CCCUUACAACAACUCGAGAUAACAAAAGCCUCUUCCUCCCUACACAAAGCACCACCUACCACCAUGACGUCCAGCACAAUCAAGAACGUCGCUCUCACAGCGGCAACCGGCGACGUCGGCUCCGUAAUCUUCAAGAAACUUACAGCCUCGGGCCUCUUCAACGUCCGCAUCCUCUCCUACUCCGGCUCGACAUCCAGUUUCCCUCCCGGCACAGACAUCGUCAAGGUCGACUUCUCGUCUGUCGAGUCUCUUGCCGCCGCCCUAACCGGCCAAGACGCCGUCGUCUCGGCUGCGGGUAACGAUGGCUUGGCUGGCCAGAAGCUCCUUGUCGACGCCGCUAUCGCCGCCGGCGUUAAGCGCUUCCUACCCUCCGAGUACGGCGGCGACUUGGCUAAUCCUAACGCCCGUACUAUACCCCCCCUCCGCUUGAAGGUGGAGACGGAGGACUAUCUCGAGGCCCGCUCCGCCGAGCCCGCCCUUCAGGGCAAAUUCACCUAUACCUACGUCUAUACCAGCGCCUUCCUCGACUGGGGUCUCGACAUAGGCCUCGUCAUGAACAUCAACGAGACCGUACCCCAGGUCUGGGGUUCGGGCGACUUACCCUUUAACGGGGUUAUCCUAGACAAUGUCGGCGACGCCGUAGUCGGCGUACUUAAGAACCCAGACCAGACGGCUAACCGCCCCGUAUAUAUCAGCAACGGGGUCGUCACGCAGAACAAGCUCAUCCAGCUAGUCAGCGAGCUUGGUCUCCCUGGUAAAGAGUCGUGGAAGCCGGAGCUUGCUCAACACCACGACAUUGAGGAGUUUGCGACCAAGGCCUUUGCAAAUCUGAAGGCCGGUGUGGGGUUUGACUCUAUUGGCAUGAUGCCCUUCUUGGUGCGUUCGUGUUACUACCCAUCCUACAACAAUGGCAAGUAUGGCCAGGACAAUGAGCUUCUGGGGAUCAAGAAGUUGAGUGAUGAGGAGCUCAAGCAGUUCCUCAAGGAGAGUAUAUCCAAGUUGAGCACAAAGCCCACAGGGAAACAUUGAUGUGAAAGCAAUAAAAACUCAUAUCGACCCAAUAAAAUAAGCCUGGACGUG